AUGGAUUUCCUUCUUAUUGGUCUCUGUUUAAACUGGCUGCUGAGGAAGCCCCCGGGGUUGAUAUUGUGUACGCUGGGUAUCUUUUCUAAAAUGCUUCCAGCCGUGAAUAGUGGGUGUCCACAGCUAUGUCGGUGUGAGGGCAGGCUUUUGUACUGUGAAUCACUGAAUCUUACAGAGAUGCCUCGCAACCUGUCGGGCAUGAUGGGCUUGUCUCUGCGGUACAACAGCCUUUCAGAGCUGCAUGAUGGACAGUUCACAGGGUUAAUGCAGCUCACGUGGCUCUAUCUGGAUCACAAUCACAUUUGCUCAGUGGAGGGGAAUGCCUUUCAAAAAUUGCGGCGAGUUAAAGAGCUCACCCUGAGUUCCAACAAAAUAACCCAACUGCCCAACACCACUUUCCGACCCAUGCCAAACUUGCGCAGUGUGGAUUUAUCAUACAACAACCUACAGUCUUUGGAGCCUGACCUGUUUCACGGGCUGAGAAAACUAACAACUUUGCACAUGCGGUCAAACGCCAUCAAGUUCGUGCCAGUGAGAAUUUUUCAGGACUGUCGCAGCCUGAAGUUUCUAGACAUAGGAUACAAUCAGUUAAAGAGCCUGGCUCGAAACUCUUUUGCAGGCUUGUUCAAACUCACUGAGCUGCACCUCGAGCACAAUGACUUGGUGAAGGUGAAUUUAGCCCAUUUUCCCAGGCUCAUCUCCCUGCACUCUCUCUGCUUGCGAAGGAAUAAAGUUACCAUCGUAGUAAACACUUUGGACUGGAUAUGGCAACUUGAAAAAAUGGAUCUCUCCGGCAAUGAAAUCGAAUACAUCGAACCUCACGUUUUCGAAAGCGUACCUCACCUCAAAUCCCUGCAGCUGGACUCCAACCGGCUGACCUACAUUGACUCCCGUGUCCUCGACUCCUGGAAGUCCCUCACUAGCAUCAGCCUUUCUGCAAGCGCCAGGGAUUGCAGCCGUAACGUUUGCGCCCUGGCCUCCUGGCUGAGCAACUUCAAGGGUCGCUACGACAGCAAUCUGCUCUGUGCCACCCCUGAGUACGCACAGGGCGAGGAUGUUUUGGACGCGGUGUACGCUUUUCACUUGUGUGAAGACGCGGCAGACCCAACGAGUGUUAACACCCUCUCCCCGGUAACGAACAACAGCGACCAAACGUUCAGCUACGGCUCUGCCACCGCCACGUACGACGUGCAGGACAGCGAAGGGGACCAAACGACAUACGCCAUAACUGUGACCAUGCCCGGCGAGAACUCGGAGAACGCCGUUCAGAUUCACAAAGUGGUGACGGGGACCAUGGCACUGAUUUUUUCCUUCCUCAUCGUGGUUUUAGUGUUGUACGUCUCCUGGAAGUGCUUUCCAGCCAGCUUAAGGCAACUAAGACAGUGCUUUGUAACACAGCGCAGAAAGCAGAAGCAAAAACAGACCAUGCAUCAAAUGGCUGCCAUGUCAGCCCAGGAGUAUUACGUUGAUUACAAACCCAACCACAUUGAGGGAGCCCUGGUGAUCAUUAAUGAGUACGGAUCUUGUUCCUGUCACCAGCAGCCAGCGAGGGAAUGCGAGGUGUGA